CUAGCGUUGUUACCCUAUCGAAAAGAAGAGAGAAAGCUCAGAAGGAAACGUGGAGAAGAGAUAGAGCGGUGAGACAAAGGGAAAUGGAGGGAGAAGCAGCCGCAGCAGAAGGGCGGCAUCCUCUGAAACCCCAUCCUCUUUUCAAUAACCAUAACAGCUGGAAACAUAAGCUGAGAGAGAACUGUUACAAAAGGGUUCGAGAAGACAGAAGGCGGUUGCUUUGGAAGAUGAGAAUGCUGCCCACUCCACAAAUUCUCAAUCAUAUUCCAAAUGGUUUGAUCAAAUCUGCAUUCCAGGACAUAGUUUCUGCUGAAUUGGAAAAAAUUAAGGAAUCGUCAUUGGAUGAAAAUGUAAGGAGUUCAACAUCUGUCCCUGAGGCCAAUGAUGUGUUAUGGGAAUACGAUGGCCUUACAAAUAUAUACCAAGGUGAUUGUGAAGAGAUAUUGUUAGCAAUGCAAAGGAUCUUUUAUGAAGACCUGACUACUCAUCCAACUAGAAAAGAAGAAACAGAAAUAUGUGUUGAAACAUGGGAAGAUGAAGAGGAUGAGUAUUUGUCCCAGGCAAUUUAUGAGCAUAUGCAACUGAAUGACAAGCAGAUGGACAGGGAGGAAGUUUGGUGCCCCGUCUGUAAGCACGGAGUACUACAAGAGAAUUACAACCUAAUAUACUGCACUUUAUGCAAAGUUCAGCUCAACAAAGCCAAUGAGGUUAAUUUGGGAAUAAUGCGGGGCAGGCUAGCAGAAGUUCACACAGAGCAUCUUGAUCGUGGCUGCAAACUGAAACCCAAGUUUUGCAUCGAGACUAGAUUUAAUAUAACUGCACUCAUGCACACGCACUGUUUCCAUAGGGAAAGCUGUUACAACCACCCCCAUAUUUUUAUUCUAUUUCUAUUUUCCCCUAGAACAUAUUUUAAAUCUAUCAAUUUAAUCCUUUAUCUCUUUUAAUCCUAACCCUUGAUCUAGAUUCCCUAUCUCUCCUAAACUGCCAAGUGGCAGGUUCUCAGAGCUCUUCUCUUCCCUCUCUUCCCGAGUGUCCCCUUGCAGAUCUCUCUCUCUGUCACGGGAACUCUCCUCUCUCCCUUCACUCCCUGCACCGUGACUAGCCAAGCAUCCUGCAUGCAGCUCUAGUGUAGACCAUCAUCAUCAUCUCCCUUGCACCAUCUCUAUCUCUCUCUCCGUCGCAGCGAGGUCAGGGAGCCCAGAGAAAGGACCUCCGAUGGAUUUCUCCAUUUCUUCCGGCUAGUUUUGAGGACGGGAACGGCACGGGGAAACUCACCCGCAUUUUCCGACGAAACCGUGACUUUCGAGGAUUCUUUCCGAGCUCUCACGGCUGUUCACGAUGAAGCUAGGGUGAAGUUGCUAGUGGAGAUUUCCUUAAUCAUUUUCCGCACAACUCUGCUGCUACGGAGUAUCUGUCUUAGAAACGAGGGUUACGACACAACGUACGAGGCAUUCCCCUACCAGUAGCAAUCUAUCACCCACUUGUGUGAUAUCCUGUAAUGAUCUUUCCUUUUGUGAUAUUGUUUUAGAACGUGUUCUGGGCACUCUAGACAUUUCCUUAAACCUUGUUUAUUACUUCUAGAUUUUAAUGUUUAUUCAUGAAUAUUUCCUCCUAA